AUGGAAGUCGAUACCGCGAGUGAUAAUACAUCAUUAGAUGACAAAACCGAAGAUUACUGCGAAAAUCCCACUAGGGAUGCACUCACAGAAGGAAUUAUGAGUUUGUUAAAACCAACUGUAGAUCAACUUGAUGAAAGGAUUCGGGCUACUAGAAUUAGCCAAAUCGAGCUUCGACAGCAGAUAGACUCUCUGACUGAGGAGCUUCUCAAAAUCAAUGAAUCUCUACAAUGUCCACUGGAAUUAGAUGCAUAUGUGACAAAGCUAGUGAAUGCAAAAAGAAAAGUCAUAGUGGUUAGUAAUAUUCUACAAAAAACUCAGGAGAGAUUGAACAAAAUUCAUCAGGCAGUAGAAAAGGAAACAAAUAAACGUAAGGCUUUAUUGGACCGUAGUUCUAUGUAUCACAGUGCAACAAUAAAACCAGAGACAGAUGAAUUAUUUCCUGCAAUUUCAAGUACUUCAGGAACACCUCAGUGA